AACUGCAUUGUUGCGCUUGUUGUUGUUGUUUCAAUUAUUAAUCUCUUCUUAUGUCAAAAUACAAGUUUUAAUUAGAUUCUCCUCUGCAUUCCACCGAUGUGGGAAAGGGAGGGGCGGGGGGAAGUUGAGCGGCGACCUGCUUCAUCUGCAGCUGAGUUUAAAACCGCAACAGUUACGCCUUCCACAUCCUGCUCCGUCCACCCCUAAUCCGUCCACCGGCCGCCCGGUGCGCAGGCGGCGGGGCGGGCUGCAGAGGCGGGCCCAGCGCCUCCACCGCCCCCCGUGCCGCCCCCACGGCAGGCGGUGUCUGUGGCCGUGGCCAGGUCGUGCCCGCCAUGCUGCCGCCGGCGCUGCUCCGCCGGCCGCUCGCCGCCGCCGCCGGCCUGGCCCUGCCGCGCCCUGGCCCGCAGGUACGCCUUGCUACAGGGCCCAGACAAAAUAAUGGCAUUUUCUAUGAAAUUCGCACAUAUGAUAUUAAGCCAGCGAAGAAAGGAUUUUUGAAAAUGGUCAACAAGUACUUUCACUUUCGCACAGCUCACUCGGAGCUGGUGGGAUUCUGGUACUCAGAGCUGGGAGCGAUGAACAAGGUGUUCCACAUUUGGAAGUACGAUAAUUUUGCCCACAGAACAGCAGUCCGGCAUGCACUAGCAAAUGACAAAGACUGGCAGGGAAAAUUCAUCUCUGUGGCUCUCCCCUUGGUAGAGAAGCAGCACAAUGAAGUUGUUUAUCUGGUGCCCUGGUGUCAGCUCGGGAAGCCUUCAAAGAAAGGGGGUGUAUAUGAAUGGGUUACUUUCCAGAUGAAGCCUGGUGGGCCAACAUUGUGGGGUGAAGCAUUUCGAGCUGCAAUCAAUGCUCACAUCAACACAGGAUAUACCAAGCUGAUCGGUGUUUUCCACACAGAAUAUGGAUUAUUUAACACAAUCCAUGUGUUGUGGUGGAAUGAGAGCCCAGAUCACCGGGCAGCAGGAAGACACAGUGCCCAUGAAGAUGCCAGAGUUGUAGCAGCUGUGUGUGACAGUGUCAGAUUCCUGGAGUCCCAGCAAAAUGUGCUUCUGAUUCCUCUGCAAUGCUCACCGCUGAAGUAACCUUCUUCUAAAGGGUGUAACUGAUGGCAGAAGAGACAAGAUGGAAAUGCUGUCAGUCAGUGACAUACCCUUAUGAGAUGAGCUGUUCUUCAGUUGACAAAAAAUGGAUGCAAAAUGCCGAUCCACUAGCAGUAUAAAUCAGCACUCUGAUACCAAUUGUUAAAAAUAAGUUUAUGGUGAUGUUCCUACAUCUCCAGGACAAAGAACUUGAGCCAUAUCAUGACACAAACCAUGCUUCGCCAACCUCCUAUUUUAAUCCUUAAGUUCUUCAUAAUUUUUUGCAUAGCUAGAUCACUUACCGAACUGAGAAAGUUGUGCUCUUGUCCAACAUUCCAGCCAGGGAUGGUAUCAUUUUUAUGACAUACUUUGAUGCCUCUUAUAAUUAUCACAUCUUAGUUAUUCCAUACAGUUUUAAGAAGGAAAGCUCCCACAUAUAUCUUACCCAAUUAUGUUUUAAUCAGUCUUCUCACCAGCAUGCUUUAUAUAAAUUCUGAGCAAUGUACAACAUCAGUGUUGCUGGAAUUGCACUUAAGUGCAACAAUGGGGCUGAUUAGGUAGUGUAUCCUAAUGAGCUCUGCCAUGAGACUUUUUACAUAGUAACUUGUUAUGGCUCAUUUCAGCCUUUUCCUUUUUUGUUCAUUAAACACUGCCUCAAAACUGUGAGUUACCCACACAAGCUUUAGCUUGGGUAUUUUAAUAUUUGUUUCGGGUGCUAAAGGUGAUUAGGCCUCCUUGUUCAAUUGUGUCAUCAGACUCAACUGAUUUACAUGUGCUGUCACCCUUUGAAAUACUUUUUGUCAAACCAUUGAAAGCUAAAUAAAUGAGCAUAAAGCAUUAAUUCUUAGUGUUUAUGGCUCAAACUCUUACUUUUUUUAAACUAUGAAAUGAUAAAUCUCAUUCUCCAAGUACAGUACUCAUUUUGCAGUAUUCAUUUUUGGUCAACAACAAAUUGCUUUAGAACCAGUAAGCUAGAGUGAAUAGCAGUAGGGCAGAGGGCUGAGAAGUCAAACUUCAGUUUUGUAUACGGUGGUACAGAGCGCCCUCUUCUGCAAUUUAUAGGUAUUGACUGUAAAUUGCAGAGCACUUGGGAGGAUUUUCUACAUAUUAAUCAUGGAUCUGCAAUGAGCAAUUGAGUACUGAAGUAUCUUAGUACAGUUUGCCUAAUGAUUAUUGCUUAUUUAAAGUGCCUUAAGAUCUUACAGAAAGCACUAAAACGAAUUCUAGGCCAUUCUGUUUGUGUCCAAGUGGGUGCAUGGGAUGUGGCUGCUGUAGUUAAGGGAGUAUACCAGGUCCCAGCUGCUAUAUCCACGUCUUCAUACACUGCUCCCUCCAACAAAGCCAUGUUUAGCAUUCUCAGGGUGGAACAAACACUACUUCAGAGACCCCUGUCUUACAUUUUACAAAUCAUCUUUUUAAGGUACAAAGAGCUGAUGAACCAGUAUAUUGUUCAGAACAUUGCCUUAUAACAGUUCUUUCAAAGGAUGAUUUUUCUUUACUAACAAAAACAUGGGCUGAAAAGUGGGGAGAGAGAGUUAAAAAGACCUUUUUCUAAUUUGAAUGCAAGAAUUGUUUCAGUGAGGGUUUUUGGUUGGUUUGUUGUUUUUUUUUAAUUAAAACUAUUUUCUGUAACACCAGCACUGAGAGUAAAGAACAUUCAAAACGAUAGAGGUGUGCUUUAUCCUGAGGUGCCAGCUGGACACUAGAUCAGAACAGAAAACCCAGGAAAUUAAGAGGCCUAGGCAAUCAUCAACCACAUGAAGUUUGAAGUGCCAGAUUCUGCACCUGGGGUAGGGCAACCCUGGGUAUACAGACAGGGUGGGGAACAAGAUGUUAGAAGGUGGCAGAAAUGGGCCCUGGGAGGUCCUGGUCGAGGGCAAGUUGAACAUGAGUCAGCAGUGCCCUGGCAGCCAGGAGGGCCAGCUUUGUCCUGGGGUGCAUCAGGCACAGCAUCACCAGCUGGGCAAGAGAGGGGAUUGUCCUGCUGUGCUUUGAGCUGGGGCAGCUUUACC